GACAUCAACUACUACAAGACAUCAACUACUACGAGACAUCAACUACUACGAGACAUCAACUACUACGAGACUUCAACUACUACGAGACAUCAACUACUACAAGACAUCAACUACUACGAGACAUCAACUACUACGAGACAUCAACUACUACAAGACUUCAACUACUACGAGACUUCAACUACUACGAGACAUCAACUACUACAAGAUGGACUUCUGGGACUACUUCAGAAACAAAAAGAAGUUAGGCACUCGUCCUCAGUCUGGUCUAGAUGAGGAAAACCUGAAGAUUGUACUUGUUGGGAAAACUGGAGUUGGGAAGUCUUCAGUCAUGAACACCUUGAAGGGAGAAGAGGAGAUAAGAACCAGGGCUGGUGCUGCCUCAGUGACAACAAAGAUUGAGGUGGCGAAAGUAACGCAUGGUGGCCAGGAACUGGUUAUCAUCGAUACUCCAGGUCUGCUGAACACCAGGAAAAAAGAGGAUGUGGAGAAAGACAUCGCGAAGAGCAUAUUAUGUGCUGCUGCUGAUGGCGGUCCUCAUGUGUUUCUGUUGGUGCUGCGGGCGGAUGCGAUUACAAGCCAAGACGAACAUGCAGUGAAAGUCCUCAAGAAGAUCUUUGGUGACAAGUACCGACGUUACACGCUGGUCUUGUUCACCCACGGAGGCAGAUGUAGACCUAAGAGCACAGAAGAAGCGAAAAAGGAAUUUCCUUUCCUUAAGAAGUUCCUUCAUGAUGAUGAUUCCAUGCAUUUUUUUGAAAAUAAGGAAAAGGAUGAGGGAAAAAGGAAUCAGCAAGUGUCUGGUCUGGUGGAGAAGAUCAACAAAAUGGUCGCGAAAAACACGGGAAAGCGUUACACCACUAAAAUGUUGGAAGACGCAGAGAAAAUCCUAGAAAAAACAAAAACUGAGGAAAAGUGCAUGUCAGGAGCUGUUGACAUCUUCUCUAAAAUGGUUGAGGUGAUUGAAAAAUCCUGUCCACCUUUCUUACAACAGUUGGCUUCCAAGAUUGCCGACAUGGCAGAUGCGUACAUGUCAUAAUGAAAUGAAAAGUUAGGAAACAGAAAAAUCCAAAGGGGAAAGAAUUCUUAAGACAAUUUUUUUUUUUUUAUUUGGCCUUUUUUUAUCAAUGAGUGAAUUAAUAGUCUAUUAGUCUAAGAUCUGAACUAUUGCUGAAUAAUUGCUUGGUUUUCCCAUUGAAUCCUGAUUUGUAGCCUACUAUGGUUAAUAACAAUUAAAAACUUGUGUGAAGAAAAAGCAGAACAACAACACAGUGACGUGAGAAAUUUACAUCAGCUGAUACAUGGUUACACAUACCCUUAUCUCCAUGGUUACACCUACCAUUAUCUCCAUGGUUACACCUACCAUUAUCUUUCACCGUACGUUUACACCGCCACCGACUUGAGCUGCAAAAAAGCUCUGGUCCCCCCCAACUAACCUAGUGAUCCAGACUAACCUAGUGAUCCAGACUAACCUUGUGAUCCAGACUA